UAUACGAUUUAGAAUAGGUGCAUCUUCGUGCCAUUCGCUGUCCGACUCCUAAACCAGCGAAUCCAUUCCGUCUUUGGCCGUUCGAAACGAUUCCUCUGUCCUGCAUCUAUUCGGCAUACGUUCGCUAACUACCCCUCAAAUAUACGAUUGAAGCUAUUCUUACUUCCUGGGGAGCAUCAUACAUCAUAUCUGAAAUCUACUCGUUGCUAUUUUGAUCAGCCGUAUAUAUAUCUGUAUUAGACUCGGGGCGUAACCUUGUCGUGGUAGUCCUUUGGGACGACACGAUUCAACCGAGUCCAACAUGGCUAACCCACAAGCCCGCAUGUCCAUGUACUCGGUGGCCUCCGAUGCUAUGGGGGGGUCACGAAGUGCUGGACAACAAGCCUCUCAAGUGUCGACGACCACUCUCUUAAACGGCAUUCAUAAUAUCUACCUGUCUUCGCAGCCCUAUCGGCUGGAUGCCGGAACUAGUCUUGUCGUCAACACAUGGCUUACCGCGACACAAACGGGUCCAGAUGGUAGAACUGGGGGGACUGUGGAUGGUGCUUUGGCAGCUAGAGCUUGGGAACAUGCUAGGCGCCGAGCCGAGGAUGGCUGCAUUGUUCUAGGGUCCCUACAUCAAUCAACACCCUCACUGCUGAGCCCUUUCCUUUCGUCCCUGCCACUAUCUCUCCCUUCAUCUCUCUUCGCUGCAUUUGAAGUAAUCAAUCCCUUCAUCCGCUGCGUUACACCCUAUAACCCCUCUACUCCACGACAAUCCGCCCUUGCUGUAACCUUGACAUUGAAUCUUACCGGCAACUUGACUGCAGCUAGUAUAGCGUUAUCACAAGGUGGCAUUGAUACCGUAAAAGGCUUGCUUGAUAUCCCCGCUGAAGCUGGCUACCGAGCUUUUGAUGUCUUCUAUUACCUCUUGACUUCAGCUUCCACACCAGCUGAACGAGAAUUCCUGGGUCUCAAGUCAGCCUCCAGCUACUCGCUACUCGCCAAGUCUGGCACUUACGACCCUCCUUCAUAUCUUCCAACAGCCGACGAUGGUGCUGCAGCAGAUGACUUCCGCGCCGCCUUAAAAGAAAUUGGCGUCAAGGGCUCCACGCACCGGGAUUUCAUUUCAACUCUCGCUGGGCUUCUAAAGCUUGGUGAUACCCUGGAUUACAACGUCGACGAUGAAGUCCUCGAUGACGUAUGUGAAGAUGUUGGUGGAUUGCUCGGUCUCGACCCUGAAGUUUUGGCCAGGCAGUGCACGACGGAUGAUAGACGGACUUUAGUCGGAGGAUUAUAUGAGGCCCUCGUUGACUGGGUAGUCACUAAAGCCAACGAGACCAUUGCGCUUCAAAUGUCUCGUAUUCGAGAUGGCGAAGAGUCCCUCGACGGACGUAGGACCCCUGUUGAUGAUAAUGGGGACACCGUCUCUAUUACCGUAGUCGAGAUUCCGGAUCCUAAUUUCGGCAAGGCUAUUGCAAUGCGUGGCAUUUUCGACGAUAGCUUAGGGAUCAAUGCCGAAAUGAAGGAGGAUGGGGUAGAUGUGGUUUCUGCCAGCAGCACUGUAGUCCGAGAAAUGCAGGCCAGUGUUGCUGAGGUGGCGCCUGAUCUGGGCAUCAUGAAUGGCCCAGUUGCACGGACGAGGCAGCACGAACUUGAGAAACGAGAAGAAAUUCUUGAAAAGGUUGGAUUUGCCAGUGACAACGACGGCUUCAUCAAGAAGUUACUUUUCCCUGUUUCUGGUCAGGGCAUAAACCUAGGUCGAAACGCGCGGUUCGAUCUCCCAGCUGUUCUAACUGCCAGCCGUGUGUGGUAUCAUCUAUCGCUCCACCCCACGGACGAAACCCCAGCCAGUCUAGCAGCCUUACCUUCCGUCACGUCUGCCUGGUCUGCUGGAACGGUCUCCCGCCAACUGCGCGCAUGGAGGCUACCGGAAUGGGCCAACCGUCGGAACAAGAAUCUGGAUUUCACUGCAGAUUUCGACUUGGAUGAGUUCGCACAACGAUUUGGUCCCUUGGGUUGUGGGGAAGGCAAAGAUGGUAUCGAGACCUGGAUACUUGAAAGAGGAUGGAGUAAUGGCGAAGUGGUCAUAGGUAAAGAGCGAGUUUGGAUGCGCGAGACUGCCUGGUGGGAAGCUGAAAGUAUGCUCGACUUGAAGCCGUCGCAGGGUGGCAUGGGCAACGUCUUCAACACUCCUGGGCUUGAGACGGGCUAUUCUCAUAAUGGCAGUGGCUUUUUCCCUGCGCAUAUCCCUGAUCACAACUCCAACAGCAGCCGAGAUCAACUUCUGAAUCAUCAACGCAACCAGAGCCAACUUACAUUCGCACAGAGUCAGAUGAGGGCACCAUCCGCAGUCCCCUCCGCUAUGCGCAACGCCGCCACUGGGGAUUAUGGCUUGGGAAAUAAGGGUGAUGCAAACAGAGACCAACUGUUUUAUACCCCUGAAGGCGACUUUAUCAACCACCUUGAUCCCGACGACGCACGAGGCAAGCAUGUUGAGACCGUGGAUACGACAUUCAGACGUCGUCUCUGGGUCGGUAUAGUCUGGUCUUUGACUUUCUGGAUUCCCUCCUUCGCGCUCCGGCACAUUGGUCGAAUGAAGCGGCCAGACGUUCGAAUGGCCUGGCGAGAAAAAUUCGUAUUGGUAUUCUUCAUCGCCCUGAUCAACACUUUCAUCGUAUUCUGGAUUAUUGUGCUGGGUAGACUUAUCUGUCCUAACUACGACAAAGCAUGGCUUCAGAAAGAAGUCGCUACUCACGGAGGUGAGGAUGACUUCUGGGUCAGUAUUCACGGCAAUGUUUACGACAUCUCAAAUUUCUGGCGACUGCAACAUAGUGAUAGCAACAUCGAAACCACGAACGAUCAAAUGCAACCAUUCGCUGGAUUGAACCUGGAUGAUUACUUUGUAGCUCCCCUCCAACUCUCCUGCCCAGGCCUGGACAUCAGUGAAACUCUUCAGCUUACGAGGAAUAACACCCCCGAACUACCCCAGGGUGUGCAUACAUCUGGCUAUUUCCAACCCGAUCAGACAACUAAGUUGAGAUCUGCUACUUGGUAUCGUGACGACUUCCAACCCAGGAUCAAGGAGUAUUACCAUGGCCAACUGGUCUGGGAUAUCAAUGAAGUCCACGAUGAUGGGAAGAACAAUAACCAUAUGUGGAUUAUCUACGAAGAUAGCAUCUACGAUCUAACCAACUAUUUCGUCACCAUUGAUUAUUACAAGACCCAAGCUCAGUACAACUUUCUUGAUUCCAAUCUGAUCGAGACAGUUAGGGAGAAUCCAGGCCAAGAUGUUACAACCUUAUGGAACACUCAAAUAGCCAACAGCAGAUCGAACCGAACAGCCCUGAGUGCUAAAAUGAACAGCAUCAACUGCAUUAAACAGACGUUCUACGUUGGUAUACCCGAUUUCCGCCAAUCCGCCAAGUGCCAAGCCAACAACUACAUCCUUCUUGCAUUCGCCGUUAUUAUCUGCGCUGUCAUUGUAACCAAGUUCCUUGCGGCUCUGCAGUUUGGCUCUAAACGACGCCCUGCUCCACAAGACAAGUUUGUUAUCUGUCAGGUCCCAGCGUACACAGAAGGAGAAGACUCCCUAAGAAAGGCUCUGGAUUCACUCACGGCUCUGCAAUAUGACAACAAGAGGAAACUGAUCUGUGUCAUUUGUGAUGGUGUUAUUGUAGGUGAGGGUAACGAUCGCCCUACACCGAAGAUAGUCUUGGAUAUCCUCGGGGUGGACCCUAAGGUCGACCCGCCAGCCUUGCCGUUCAAGUCUGUCGGUACCGGUAGCGAACAACUGAACUAUGGCAAAGUGUAUUCUGGGCUUUAUGAAUACGAAGGCAACGUGGUCCCUUACCUUGUCGUGGUCAAGGUUGGCAAAGAAUCGGAACAAUCCAAGGCAAAGCCUGGUAACCGCGGCAAACGUGACUCCCAAAUUCUGCUCAUGAGCUUCCUAAACCGCGUUCACCACCGAGCACCGAUGAACCCUCUCGAGCUUGAAAUGUUCCAUCAAGUCAAUAAUAUCAUCGGCGUCGACCCUGAACUAUACGAAUAUCUUCUCAUGGUUGAUGCCGAUACUUGCGUUCGGGAAGACUCCUUGAACCGGCUGGUUGCUGCUUGCGCCAAUAACAAGAAGAUUGCUGGAAUUUGUGGCGAGACAGCUUUGCAAAAUGAGGAAAGAUCAUGGUGGAGUAUGAUUCAAGUUUACGAGUACUACAUCUCUCAUCACUUAGCAAAGGCCUUUGAGUCCCUCUUCGGCAGUGUUACCUGUCUUCCUGGAUGCUUUACUAUGUACCGUUUGCGCACCGCUGACCGAGGCAAGCCCUUAAUCAUUUCCGAUGGCGUUAUCAAGGAUUACAGUAUCUGCAAUGUCGACACACUACACAAGAAGAACCUGCUGUCUCUUGGCGAAGAUCGAUACCUCACUACUCUGAUGACGAAGCAUUUCCCAUACAUGUCGUACAAGUUCAUUUCCGACGCAUACUGCCAAACUGCGGCCCCCGAGAAGUGGAGCGUCCUGUUAUCCCAACGACGUAGAUGGAUUAACUCGACUAUCCACAACCUCGUUGAGUUGAUGCUGCUCAAAGACAUGUGCGGUUUCUGCUGCUUCUCCAUGCGCUUUGUUGUCUUCAUUGAUCUCACUGGAACAAUCAUUCUCCCAGCCACCUGCUUCUACAUGGGUUAUCUCAUAUACCUUCUUGCCACUCACACUGGACCGAUCCCGACCAUUUCCCUCAUCAUGAUUGCCGCUGUCUAUGGUCUCCAAGCUUUGAUUUUCAUCCUAAAGCGGCAGUGGCAACAUAUCGGAUGGAUGAUCAUCUACCUUUUGGCGUUCCCUGUUUAUUCACUCAUCCUCCCGCUCUACUCGUUCUGGAACCAAGACAACUUCUCCUGGGGUAAUACUCGUAUUGUCAUUGGUGAAAAGGGCAAUAAACAGCUCGUCGCAGUAGACGACGAAGGUUUUGACCCACGGUCAAUUCCGUUGCAGCGCUGGGAUGAUUAUGCCAUGAUGAACAACCUCCCUGGCCGCCGUGGUCUCCAUAGUGAGAAGGGGCAAGAUAUAUAUGAUGACACAUAUGAGAUGGACGACAUGAAAUCCGUGUACUCGUCAGUCCGACAACCUUCGGUUCUCACCGGUCUUCAGGGUCGCGGUGGAUAUAUGCCACCCCAAUCGCCGGCCCCCUUUCAACACAUGUCCCGCCAGUCUAACUACGGUCCGUACACUGACAAUCCAAUGAACCGACAGUCUACUGCUUCCUAUGGCGAUAUACACCACAUGCAAACCCCUUACCAGGAUGCCCCCGGGCACAGACCUAGCAUGAGCAACCUGCGCACUGUAUCUAACUCCCCACAACUUGAGAUGCAUCGCGCUUCUAAUGCCACGCUUGGCCUUGGCGGUUUCCGUCCACAGUUAGGUCAAGGUCAUCAGUCCACUACGUCCUUUGAUUUCCAACGGGGACAUAUGGGACCUGACGAUAACAUGAUUGUGGAUGCAAUUCAAGCAGUGCUGAGAGAAGUCGACCUCGACACUGUAACCAAGAAGCAGGUGCGUGCUCUUGUUGAGCAACGACUGCAGACGGAGUUGGCGGGCGAGCGGAGGGCAUUCCUGGACCGCCAGAUUGAUAAUGAAUUGGCUAACAUGUAGCCGUCUCGUCUUUCCCUAUUUGUUUAUUAUCGUUUUGGAGAUAUAAAAGUUACCUACGGGACUAAUUUGGAUGUACAUACAACAAGCAACUCAAGUUGAUCAUGUUUGAUUAUGAUACUGGCAGGCUUAAGGGAGGAUCUGGACGAUCCAAAGAAUCUUUACUUGACCUAGUUGGCGUUUCUUACAAACAAGUCACAAAUUACUGGGUACCUACUUAUCUAGCUCACCUGCACAAGAAAGUCAUGUAUUCGUCGUGGCGGUAAUAGUAACUGAUGUUUUUAAGAUUACCUACACGCUCUGGUUCCGGUUUUAUAUAAUGCUACAUCGAUUCAUGCUCAAUUUCUCUCAUCCCCCCCAAUCGUCGUCUCAACAAAAGCUUUCUGGGAUAGGAUAUAAUAGAACCUACCUACUUACUACAUAUUAAAACUGAAAAUAUUGCUGAGUGACAUUUGAUUGAUGGGUACCUACCUACC